AUGCCCGCCAACGCAACCGUCCUCUACCCCGCCGACUCGGACGCGACAUUCGACCUGGACUACUACCUCAAGACACACUUGCCGCUAGUGCAUGAGAAAUGGGGCAAAUACGGCUUGACGGACUGGAAAGUCAUCCAGUUUGCCACUGGAGCAGAUGGAUCUAAGCCGUACAGCGUCGCGGCUCUGUUGACAUGGGACACCAUUGAGUCUCUCCAGAAGGCCCUCGGCACCGAGGAUGCCGGUGUCAUCUUCGCAGACGUGAAGAACUUCAGCAACAAAGCCCCGGUGUUCUUGCUGGGGAAUAUCGUCGGUUCGUUGUGA